AUGGGCAGGGCCAGCGAGGCCUUACGGGACUCGCAGUUGAAGGACUUGGGCUUGCCCGCCAUGCGGAACGCCGCACGUGGAAUUCCCUUCAGCUCGGGCUCCGUGCCGAAGCCACCGGUGAGUUGGGUGGGCUCGAAGAAGACACCCCUGUCCCAGGCGCUGGAUGACAUGCCUCAGAACAUUGUAGACAUCGUGGAUGCCGGCCGCACCGGGCUACAGGUGCCCCGCACGCAGCGGGCGGCGCCCAACGACUUCCGCCCUAAUCGGAUGAUCAAGGGGAACACCCGAACCUUCCGCGUGCUGCAGCGCACCUGUGCCUGGAACACCACCAAGAACCGGGAUCAGGUGAUGCAGGGCCGGCAGUUCAGCGCCGUAGAGCAACAGAAGAAUGAGUGGCUGCGGCGGGUGGCUGCGGAGCGGAUCCAAAGGACCUGGCGCGCUUGGUACAAAUACUGUCAAGAGAACUCUGAGUGGUUGCAGACCACCUGGAUCGCGGCCACCAUGAUUCAGGCGAGAUGGCGGGCCUACCACCUGAAGCGGCAAAAGCUCGACCGAGCCUCCACCAACAUGCAAAGGAUCGUGCGAGCCUUCCUGGUGCGGCGCACCUUGCAGAAGCGCCGCUGCGUGAUCAUCAUCCAGCGCCACGCUCGCGGGGUCCUCGCCCGCAACCGGCUUCGGCACAAGAACGCGGCAGCUGUGAAGUGCCAAGCCCUGAUCCGCGGUGCGCUCGCCCGACGGCAAGUGGCGAAGAGGAGGGUCGUGAUGCAUCAGCUGGCCAUCACUCUUCAGUGUGCCAUCCGAAGUCACCAGGCGAACAAGAAGGUGCAGGGCCGGCGCGACGUGAAGGCCGCCGAGCAGGCACGCGAAGAGUCCGCGGUUCACAUCCAACGAGUCUUCCGUGGCGGGCAAGGUCGAGAAGAAGCCACCCGCAAGCUUGAUCUGUACAAUCAACAGAUGGAGCAAUACAAAGCGGCCACGAAACUGCAAAGCAUGGCUCGAAGAGAUGCUGCCAUCAAGAAGGUGGAUCAGAUCCGAGCAGCGAAGUUCGAGAAGAUGAACAAGGCAGCGACCUUCAUCCGAAAGAUGUGGCUGGGUGCACGCACCCGGCGGAAGUACUUGGAGCUGAUGGAAGAGUUCGGAAGGCAUGUGCAGAAGGUGGUCACCAUUCAACGCUAUGCCCGUGGCUUUCUCGUCCGCCUGCGCAUGUGGCGCCAGGCCGUGCGGGCAGAAGAGGAACUCUGGGCAGCCUUGGAGAUCCAACGGGUCUGGUGCGGGUACCUAGGCCGAGUGAAGUGGGAGACGAAGUACGAGGAGGUCUGGCAGCGGGAGAUGGCUGCAGUCCUCAUCCAGAGGCAUAUCCGCGGCUGGUUGGCCCGCACGAAGGUCGGUCGGAUCCGGCGGCAGAUCGCGCGGGCGGAGUUCGAGCGCGCGCGCCGGCGCUUCCGGGCCGCGCAGAGGGUGCAGGCCAUGCUGCGGGGCGCCUUGGUGCGAAAGAAGUUCGCCCGGCGCUUCUGGUGCUGUCGCCAUGCGGCCGUGAACAUCCAAAGAGUCGUCCGCGGCCACGCUCUGCGCAAGCGUGUUUGGCAGCAGGUCAAAGAGCAGAAAGCCACCACCAUCCAGGCUCAUAUUCAAGGAUGGCUCGUCCGCCGAAGAAAGCUUCACUUGAUCGCCAAGGUGAUUUGCAUUCAGCGUGGUUGGAGGAGCUGGCAGCGAAAACCACUGGAGCUUCGCGAAGCUGCUCUUGCGCAAAGAAAGGAGCGCAAGGAGCAGGCAGAGAAGAUUCAGCAAGCUUUCCGGAAACAUGCAGAGCAUCAGGAAGUGAAGCGAAUCCAAGCAACGGACGCCGGGCAGUCCACCAUAUCAGGCGCCACCUGCGCCACCGGCACCGUCGCGUGCCCCACCCCAUUGGCGGUCGGCUGUUUGGGCUCCGACGGAAUCCAGCCUGGCCCAAGAAAUCAUCAAGGCGCGAGCGGGCGGAUUUCGGAGACGCAGAGGGAGGAGAACAUGGAGACGACCUGCAACAUGAGGCAGCGCUUUGCUGUCAGUGCUUUAUGCCGCUGGCCUGAAGAUGGUGGGAGAUGUGCCAGUGUGGAAGUGGAUGGAAUGGCCUUGGAGGAUCUUGGAGGACUAUUGUUAACUCCACAAGCAGAGAAUCCUUGUAACCAUGGGCACCAGCUCUUCCACUUUUACAGGUGCCUUGCAGUUUUGGUGCGCCCCUCCGUUUGCGAUGAAGUUACAUAUGCGCUCAAUGAGGAUGACCCGUGCGCUGACAGCACGAGCUCCGAGUGUACUCUCAGUAAACGCAAAAAGUCCUUGAGAACGCCAGCCCAGGCUUUACAGUCAAAGACGAAGACUCUCACAGCAGGAAGCUGUGCUCGAUUCGGUUGCAAGAACGAGUACGUGAGGUGGCAGGAUUGCCAAUGCAAUGACAACUGCUGGAAGUACGAGAACUGCUGCUACGACUACGACACACGCUGCAAGGAGCGACGAGCUUCGGAGCGACUUGGGCGUCGACACACGACACGACAACUGGAUAUACAGACUGACAGGUCGUCCAGCAAGAGAUGGAGCGGCAGUUGCCGUGCCUACUCCUGCUCCAGCGCUUACGAGAGUCAUCACGCUUGCCAGUGCAACAGCCUCUGCAAGCGCUUCGGCAACUGCUGUUGGGACUACGAGCGAACCUGUGUCGCAGCACCACCUCCUAUGCCAGCCUUCCCCCCAGCGCCAACUCCGCCACCGGCGCCAACUCCGCCGCCAGCACCAGCAGCGCCAGUGCCCGCACCAGUGCCGGCACCCCCCGCGCCAGUGCCGGCUCCGGUGCCUGCGCCUACGGAGCCAGUGCCAGUGCCCUCGCCCACCUCCCCGGCCCCGCCCAUGGCGGCGCCGGCGCCGGGCAACACCCUCCCGGUGGAUGUGGCUUCCCUGCCCUGGAGCGGCAUCGAAGAUUCGUUGAAUUCGCCCAGCAAUGGGCCACUGCUUACGUUCUACAUGUACCGAGCAGUGUCGGAUGAGGUCUAUCCUCCUCUGAACGUGAACAUGGGAAGCUUGGCCGGUGUGCUUUGGUAUCUUCACCACGAGGUGGUGAUCCAAGCGCCUCGGAAAUUCGACAUCACCCGCAUCUUGCGUUACAAGGUACAGAUGCGCGCCACCACUCCUUUGCUGAACCUGAACAUGAACUUUGGCGUUCGUUUGGCCUUCGACAAGGGCCAGGCUACUGGUCCCUUCGUGUGUGGCCGUGAGAAUGUCACAGCAAAGGAUGGCACCACAGCAGGAGUGAAGCCCAAGUUUUGCGGCGAUGGCUCUCCCUUCGAGGAGCAAUGGCUCGGGACCAUGCAGCCAUACAAGAAUGAUUUUGAAUACACUGCCUACGGUUACAACGUGGGCUGCAACAAGCUGGGCAACUAUCCCUUCCCCAUGGACCCCGUGUACUACCCGAAUGCCAUUUGGUACACCGUUCCUGGCCCAUGUCCCAACAACUUGUACUACAACAAGAAGGGCUCCUGCCAAGCCACUCAGCCUGGUGGCUACUGCCCGGGUGUCGUUCCCAAUGGCAAUGGCACCUGCACCUGGAACUAUGAGGAAGCAGGCGAGAUCGACCUCAACGAGCUUGUGGGUAUCAAAGACUACAACUCUUGGAGAUGGUCUCAUCGAGAAUACGAUCCUGAGACGGACAAAGGGAUCGCUUUCAGCUGGUGGGAUGGCAUCGACAAUGCCACGGCCAACGCGGAGCGUGUCCGGCAGGCGGUGAAGCUCUUCAACAGCAGGUAUCCUGACCUGCCAACGGUCGAGGAGCUGGAUAAUCCGCCCUGCGACUUUGACUUCGGAUUGUUUUACAAGAUCUGGUACCGAAAGGAUGGUUACACUGGAGGAACAUGUGGGCCAGCGAACAAGAAGUGCCAAGGUAGCAUCUCUUGGAUCCGGCAUGAAGGCUUGAAGCUGCACCCCACCUGGUACGUCCCCUUGACGCCCAGUGCCUCCGACGAGGAGAUCCAGCGCUUGCUCUACCAGCUCGGACAAGGCACCUGCCUUCGUCCCUGUGGCGAGGGCGAAGAGGCCAGUUGACCCGCGUCGGACUGGUCUCCAGUCCAGGUCUCCAUUGCCGUUGUGGUGGAGGUCUGAUUGCAUAGCGAGAGUCUUAGUCUUUAUAUCUAUUUUCCAUGACCGUUUGGUAGGUUUUCAGGCAGGAAAUCUGAGUGGGGCGCCCCGGGUAGACAACUUCACAUUGAAAGGUGUUGAAGUCAUUGGUAGCCACACCACGCUUUGGACCCCGAACGACCGACUUAGCGCUGCCACCCCGCCCAAACAGCGGCGGAACGGUCAGAAUUGCUGGAGCGGCCUUGGGCCGGACUCCCCUUGCACGCACCCUGUUCGUCAGCGCCUUUGCGACGCGUAUCGAGCGCUAAAAGAAGACGACAGGUAUCAGAGCGACACGCAGAAGGCAUGUCUGGCUCGUCUUCCAGCAUAGCACUGGGACAAUUUUAGGGCGUCCGUCAGGGCAACUGAAGGCUGAGGGUGAUGAACCUAUCUGCAUGCUUCCACCGCUUCACCUUUUGGGC